AUGGUAGAAGUUGAAAACAUGGUGAGCUCUCCGGAGCCCUCGAGCCCAAUAUCAAAGAUAGUCAUGGUAGCCUCCAUCGCAGCCGGAAUACAGUUCGGUUGGGCGCUUCAGCUGUCGUUACUGACCCCCUACGUCCAGCAACUGGGGGUCCCACACAAAUGGGCCGCAGUCGUCUGGCUCUGCGGCCCUAUCUCUGGCUUACUGGUGCAACCCAUCGUCGGUUACUACAGCGACCGCAACACCUCUCGUUUCGGGCGCCGCCGCCCUUUCAUUGCCGCCGGAGCAGGGCUUGUUGCCGUCGCCGUUUUUAUGAUUGGUUACGCCGCCGAUAUAGGUGUUAAGGCCGGAGACUCGUGGGAGAAAUCCACAAAGCCGAGAGCCGUGGCUGUAUUUGUUGUAGGGUUUUGGAUUCUAGAUGUGGCAAAUAACAUGCUGCAAGGGCCAUGCAGGGCUCUUCUGGCAGACAUAUCAGGCUCCGAUAUGAAGAAAAUGAGAACGGCAAAUGCUCUCUUCUCGUUCUUCAUGGCCGUCGGCAACGUUCUCGGUUAUGCUGCUGGAUCGUUGAAAGGUCUUCACAAAAUUUUUCCCUUCACUACGACAAAAGCAUGCGACAUUUACUGCGCCAACCUCAAGAGCUGCUUCUUCAUAUCGAUUUGUUUGCUUCUGAUCCUCACUGUCUUAGCCCUAACUGCAGUAAAGGAGAAACCUUACGACAAAAAUGCUUUGGGAACAGAAGCAGCAGGAGGAACGAUGUUCGGUGAGAUUUUUCGAUCUUUCCAACAGUUGAAGAAGCCGAUGUGGAUCCUUCUUUUAGUAACAUGCUUGAACUGGGUGGCGUGGUUCGGGUUCUUAUUGUUUGAUACUGACUGGAUGGGCAAGGAAGUUUACGGUGGCGUCGUCGGCAAGGGACGUCUUUAUGAGAUGGGAGUCCGGGCAGGAUCACUUGGUCUGAUGCUCAAUGCUUUCGUUUUAGGUGCAAUGUCUCUCGCAAUUGUUUACUUCUCUAGAGGGGUUAAUGGACCGAAAAGGAUUUGGGGAGUAGCUAAUUUUUUCCUAGCCAUCUGCCUCUUGAUGACGAUAGUGGUGACCAAAAUGGCCGAGAACUAUCGACAUGCCAACCCUGCAGUUGGAGGAGCUGAGCCAUCGCCGCCGCCCGCUGGAGUUAAAGCCGGUGCGUUGCUAAUAUUCGCCGCGUUGGGGAUCCCACAGGCUGUCACCUUCAGCAUUCCGUUUGCAAUGGCAUCCAUCUUUUGCAGCAAUUCUGGUGCUGGACAAGGGCUUUCUUUGGGUGUGUUGAAUAUAGCCAUUGUCGUACCACAGAUGUUUGUAUCGGUUAUAAGUGGACCGCUGGAUGCUUCUUUUGGUGGAGGGAACUUGCCGGCUUUUGUCCUCGGAGCCGUUGCAGCGGUAAUUAGUGGAAUCCUUGCUUUGAUUGUUCUACCAUCCCCUCCGCCAGAUCAUGCUACUCCAACUGUUGUACCUGCUGGGUUUCAUUAG